AUGAUUGAACGCCAUGGUUUCGCAAUUCCCAUGUGCACACACGUCAAAGAAGAGUAUGCUGAAGCAGUUGUGACUAUGCUUCCGAAAUUACGUAAUUCUAAAGCUUAUUUAGGAUAUAUUGAAUAUGAAUUUUUUAUGUUAUAUCCUGACAAACCCACCCUUGCGGAAUGCUUUCCAUGUGAAGCUGAUAAAAUAAUAUCAAUUUACAAACGAAGAACGCUAAAGCCACUUGAUUAUUAUCAGGAAGAUAUUAAGUUAAUCUGGAAUAAAGAGACCCGAGCUAUAUUAGCAAUAUUGCAAAACCCAGUGGGAAAGAAAAACGAGGAAACCGGGAUAGCGGAGACAGUUCUAUUGAUAAACUAUUAG